CCGUUUAAGUUUUCAAUAUGUGGAGAUCUUUAAAUAUUAAAACCUUCCCAUCCCGCACUUUGCGACGCGUCCGUUUACGUAUAAGCCGCGGUGGGCGGGGUUAACAACUGCUCAGCAGGGAUCAUUACAAACACACCAUCUGCUCGCUCCCAUGGCAGUUACUAUUAACUUUCCAGGCGAACGCUUUCCCCACAAACGAUGUCUGCCGCGGUUUGAUGGCGGUUUGUUGGAGUGAGAAGACGCUGUUGUGGAAAUGUGAAAGUUUAAAUAACUUUUUCCUUCAAUGGGUUGAAGUAUGUGGAGUCGCUUUGGGAGGGAAAUAACGGUGCACGUCGUUAGCUGACUGUUAGCUUCUCAGCAACAGGUUUACCGGGGGACCAGCUAGUUAAUGGGCUCGGUCAUGGAGCGCGCUUCUUUCUCUCAAUAUUCCUGGAUCGACUUCAUCUUCUCUGUGAUCGGAGUCUGCACCUUCCUCGUAGACUGGGGCUCGGACAUUUGGGUGGCCACCGAGUUUUACAGCCGCGGGGACUUCUUCUGGUUCGGGGUGCUGGUUGGCCUCAUGGUCCUGUCCUCGGUCGUGGUCCAGAUGUUCAGCUGGUUCUGGUUCAAGUACGACCGAGAGCUGCCGGGCUUCAGAGCUCAGACCGGAUCAGGGACCGUGCUGUUCGGGGACCAAAUGAAGCUCUCCUGCCUGUUACAUGUGCUGCAGCUGGGCUUCCUCUGCAGGCACAUCUCUGCCAUUCGUCAAGGCUUCAGGGUGUGGUGGCGUAAAGAGAAAGGCUCUGAGUACGCCGUGUACCUGACACAUGACCUGAGCAUGCUCAGACUCAUCGAGACGUUCUGCGAGAGCGCCCCUCAGCUCACUCUCAUGAUCUAUGUCAUGCUGCGCACCAACAAGGCCCAGACUGUUCAGUUUGUGAGCGUCGUUGCGUCGACCACCUCCAUCGCCUGGAUGGUGGUGGACUACCACCGCUCCCUGCGCUCCUUCCUCCCGGACAAAGCCAAGCAGGGCUGGGGUUCCUCUCUGAUCUACUUCCUGUGGAACCUGCUGCUAAUCUCUCCCCGUGUGGCGGCCGUCGCCCUGUUCGCCUCUGUCCUGCGAGGGUACGUCGCCGCCCACUUCCUGCUGCUGUGGUUUGUCUUUGUGUUAUGGGCGUGGCGACAGAGGACUUGCUUCAUGGACAGCAUGGGGGGGGAGUGGCUCUACCGGGCCACGGUGGGGCUCAUCUGGUACUUCAGCUGGUUUAAUGUGGCGGAGGGUCGGACCAGGGGGAGGAGCCUGAUCUACCAUUCCUUCAUCGCCACUGAUGGACUGAUCCUGCUGGUGACCUGGUGGUUCUACAGAGACCCGGUCCAGACCGAGUCCUACGCCGUCACUCUCAUCAUCACUCUACCUCUCUCCUACCUCGUGGGCCUGCUCUUCAAAGCCCUCUACUACUGCUGCUUUCACCCCAAACUGUGGAGGCCCCUGGCGAGGGACCCGGGACUGCCCGACGAUCUGCCCGACGCAGAAGUGUCCAUCAGAGACUUUUCCCUUCCAGAGCGCGCCCUGUCCUCCCAGCUCCUCAACAAACGCAUGGCCCGCCACGCUACUCACUUUUACUCAGAGCAGAGCGUCAUCACACAGACUGACAACACCAGACUGUGACGUCUGUGUCUCGCAGCCAGCUGUGUUCUGCUGAUACAUGUUAGUGUGUGGUGGUGAUGGAGUUCUGUCCGUCUCCGUCAGUCCAACUCUAUAGCCUGUUCUACGGUGGCCCAAGAGGUCAAACGCGCUGCAGCGGCCUGAAACACGAGCUGCAAAUUCAGAAAUGCUGCAGAUUCAAAAACACAUGAAACUCAAGAACAGAAACAAGCUGCAGGAAGUUAAAACAAAACAAAACAAACACGCUGCAAAAACAGAAACCAUGCAACAACAAGAAAACAUGAACCUCCAAAACUAAUGCAACAGAAAAGACGCUGAAUGUCCAGACAACACUACGUCAGAGCUCCAGGCCUCCAGGGGGAGCUCUCAGUGAAACACACAUAGACUGGAUGUAAGCUAACGCUAACGCUAACACUUACUACGUUUUCUGUUGCUCUUCUAUAAUAUAAAAAAGAACACAAACUUUUUUAUGUCGCCUCUUCUUCUCUCCCAUCAUCCUCUCUUGUUUGGUCUAAGGUCAAAGGUCAAAGGUCUGGCCUCUCUGGUCGAAGCUCAAAGUGUUCCCUCCCCCUAGAGGCCUGGAGCACCUGUCUUGUUGUCUGGAUAUGCAGUGUUUUAAUUCCUCCGACAGUCAGAGCAGCUCGCUCUGAUGGACACGAUAUGUCAGUAACAUCUUGAAGGAACUUUGUCAAAUAUGUCACAAACAUUCGAGGACUCAAGGAGGAACUGAUUAGACUUAGGUGGUCAAAGGUCAAGGUCACGGUGACCUCUUCUAGUUUGUCUUUUAAUCUGCAUAUCUGUGUUUCUGAAUUUGCGGCUCGUUUCUCCUGGAAGAGUUUUGAGCCUCGUCAGCCACCGUACUGUUUCAUCAGAUGCUCAGUGGACUGUGAACCAACAUACAGGCUCCAACCCACUGGAAACAAGGAGCAGGUGAUAUGGACGAAAUCCUUUUCACAGUGUAUGUAAGGUUACAUGUAUAUAUAAUAUACAUAUAUUACAAUCAAGUAAACUCCUGGACAAUCAGUUAAAACCUGUUGAAAUAACCAGACAGGAGUUUUUGUUUUUACCUGACAAAUCCAGGUGUUUCAUCACAUUGAUGCAAACACUAUAAAAAAAAUAUUGCCAUAAAGCAGUUCUGCACAGACUCGACCUGAAUACACAGAAAUAUUAAAGGGAACGUUUCCAAAAAAUCUCUGUUUACAAAUCAACAUGAUCGCACAGUAACACUGUAAUAUUUCUCUAUUCUGGUGUAAACUGAGGGAAUCUGAUAAGCUAAUUUUCUACUGAAAUGUUUAAUUUAAUAGAUUUUCUAAAGUAAAUGUAUUUUACUGUCUCUCAGUUUUUACAUGUUCGAACAUGGGAGUAAAAACCCUUUUUUUCACACUUACCUUAUUGCCAAAGGUUUGUUGUUGUUGUUGUGUGAACACCUUGUUGCACAGAAUCCAAGAAAAUAAACAAACAUUUUUGAUCAACAAUAAAUAAAAAUGAGUAAAUAAAACAAACAGAUAUUUGAUGAGGGGUUCCCAUGACAACAAGUGCUAUUUAAAUGUGUGUGUUGUGUUACAGCUGCUACUGAACCUUUGAAUGUAGAUUUGACCAUAAGCUUCACUUUUAUAAUUUUCUGUUUUCUGUUAUUUUAUUUUCUUAACAGCUGUUUUACACCAUGUGAAAGGUCACUAGUUGUUACCGUGACGAUAUUUACUGUGUAAAACAAGUUCAGGUCAGAUGCUGAUGAUUUACAUGUUGACUAACAACAGGUCGGCACAUAUUUAACCAGUGAUGACAUCACUCUAGUAAACCUGGUGUUACUGUCGCUCACUCAUCCACUGUUUGUUUACAUGUCACAUGUGGCUCAAUGUGGUGAGUGACACUGUGCCACACUUUAUUCUACAUGGAGCAAGUUUGAGUUAAAGUGAUAGUUGUGGUUAUUAGACGUGGGGGUGUGAGGUGGUCAUGUACAGUGAGGACUAGUUAACGCUGUGUUACCGAUCUGUGGUGUUGUAGAUUGAGAUCAGUGCGCUGCCAGUUAGGAGAGGCAGCAGGGAACACGGUAAACUAGCAAUAUACAUCAAAUAUAUAUAUAUAUUAUGUAUUUAAUAUAUAAUAUUUACUAUUAUAUACAUAAAUAAAUAUAAAGCUUCAUUUAAACAGAUGUUGGAUUGUUUCAGUGGGCGUCUUUUAGGCCCCGCCCACAGCAGCUGCUAGUGUACCUGUGCUCCUGCUGCUCCUCUAAACUGAAUCUACUGCAGGUAACACUCUGACCACUUCACACAACCCCACGUCAGUCACCCUCAGCUGUCACUUUAAAUCUCCUUAGACGUCCCAGAGGUUUAUUCAAGUUGACGUUGUUGUUGUUUUAUGUUUUAUUGUCACAUUUCAAACCUCAUUCAUUCACUUCAAUGAUGUUCACACAAAGUGUUGAAAAUCCACAUUUUUGCUUGAGACUGUUCUGAAACGAAAGUUAAACUCACUGCUGGUUGUAAUGUGUAAUUAUUAUUAAAGUGGUGACAACAUGAA